AUGUGGUCCACAGGUGUGCUGAGUCUGCCCGAGAGCCUAAAUUUGCACAGGGACCAGCAGAGAUCGGGUCGAGGCAGUGAGAGUGGAUACACCCAGGGUGAACUACGCACCCUAGAGCAGUCCCUUCUGGCAACACGAGUGGGCAGCAUCGCAGAGCUCAGUGAUCUGGUGUCCAGGGCCAUGCACCACCUCCAGCCUCUACACAUCAAGAACUCCAGCAACGGAACCCCAGUCCACCAGAAGAGCAGCACCAUGACGGUGCACUGGGAACCCGAGGCCCUCUAUACCCUGUGUUACUUCAUGCACUGCCCACAGAUGGAGUGGGAGAACCCCAAUGUGGAGCCAUCCAAAGUUACCUUACAUACUGAAAGACCAUUCAUUGUCCUGCCUCCGCUAAUGGAGUGGAUUCGAGUAGCUGUUGCUCACACUGAACAUCGCCGAAGUUUCUCUGUGGACAGUGACGAUGUGAGGCAGGCUGCACGGCUGCUGCUACCAGGGGUGGACUGUGAACCACGACAAGUGAAAGCUGAAGAUUGCUUUUGCGCUACCAGGAAGCUCGAUGCGGCUUCCACUGAGGCCAAGUUCUUGCAGGACCUGGGCUUCCGCAUGCUCAAUUGUGGACGUACUGAUCUGGUCAAGCAAGCAGUCAACCUGCUGGGACCUGAUGGCAUUAACAGCAUGAGUGAACAGGGAAUGACACCGCUGAUGUACGCCUGUGUUCGUGGAGACGAGGCCAUGGUCCAAAUGCUUCUUGAUGCUGGAGCCGACAUUAACAGUGAGGUGCCAAGCACAGUAAACAAGCACCCCUCAGUUUAUCCUGAAACGCGCCAGGGGACACCACUCACAUUCGCCGUGUUACACGGACACGUCCCUGUUGUGCAGUUGUUGCUUGAUAAUGGAGCCAAUGUGGAGGGUGCCCUGCAGGAUGGGGCGGAGAACUACACAGAGACCCCCCUCCAGCUGGCAGCGGCUGCAGGUAACUUUGAAUUGGUCAGUUUGCUCCUGGACAGAGGAGCAGACCCCAUGGUGGGAACCUUGUGCAGAAAUGGUAUCUCCUCCUCUCCCCUGGGUGACAUGACUUCAUUCAGUCUUGCUGCAGCUCAUGGACACAGGAAUGUCUUUCGAAGGCUGCUCUCCCAGUCGGAGAAGGACAAAGGGGAUGUAAUGUCCCUGGAGGAGAUCCUGGCUGAGGGAUCGGAGCCUGGUGAGAAGAGACUAGCCCCGCAUACUAACGGAGGAGGAACUCUGCGAACAGGAAAGGCCAAACUGAGAGCUCUGAGAGAGGCCAUGUACCAUAGCGCAGAGCACGGCCAUGUGGAUAUCACCAUAGACAUCCGCAGUUUAGGAGUUCCCUGGACACUCCACACCUGGCUCGAAACUCUACGCACCUGUUUUAUGCAGCAUCGACGGCCACUGAUCCAGGGUCUGCUCAAAGACUUUAGCUGUAUUAAGGAGGACGAGUACACAGAGGAGAUCAUCACCCAUGGGCUACCCCUCAUGUUCCAAAUUCUAAGGACCAGCAAGAAUGAAGUGAUAAGUCAGCAGCUGUCUGUCAUUUUCACCCAGUGCUAUGGACCGUUUCCUAUCCCAAAGCUGACGGAGAUCAAAAAGAAACAGACGUCACGGUUAGACCCCCACUUCCUCAAUAACAAAGAAAUGUCAGAUGUUACUUUUCUGGUGGAAGGAAAACCAUUUUAUGCACAUAAGGUUUUGCUAUUUACAGCUUCACCUAGGUUCAAGUCUUUGCUCCAAAAUCGACCAGCAGCAGAGAAUACCUGUAUAGAGAUCAGCCAUGUUAAAUACUCCAUAUUUCAUCUCAUCAUGCAGUACCUGUACUGCGGCGGCACAGAGACUUUGCACAUCAGAAACACUGAAGUUAUGGAGCUCCUGUCAGCAGCAAAAUUCUUCCAACUAGAGGCCCUUCAGAGACACUGUGAGAUCAUCUGCUCCAAGAAUAUCACGACCGAAACAUGCGUGGACCUCUAUAAGCAUGCCAAGUUUCUUGGUGCACUGGAGCUGACGGCUUUCAUCGAGGGCUAUUUCCUAAAAAACAUGGUGCUGUUGAUCGAAUUGGAGAACUUCAAGCAGCUGUUGUUUGAACCCUGUCCCCCUGAGAGUCCCAGUCCCUGCCCUGGCGUCUGCACUGACAUCCUUCACGAUUUGGAGAAAACUCUUGCCACUCGCAUCCACUCCAUCCACCUGUCCACUUCAAAGGGCUCUGUGGUCUGACACUGCCCCCUCCUGGUCACAGAUUUCAUGUUUCGUGCAUUGUCUCGCUUUAGCCUGUCCACCUGAUGUGGUUGGGCUUGGAGAGGAGCAGUCACAAGCUGUCAGGGAUUUACCCUUUAAUUCUGGUCCUGAUGGAUGUUCAUGGUUCAGUGACAUACAUUACACAAUCAGUGGGAGGAUGCUCUUGCCUUAUUAGAGGUUUGCCCUCUUUUGCCUGUUGGUUACCACGUCACUCUUGUUCUAGGAAGUGAGAUUUUACGAACAACUGAGAACAACUUUGUACUGUAUUUCAGACAAAAGAAAUGCAUGACAAACAUAUUGUUAGAAUUUCUACCAAGCAGCUUCUAAUAAAAUACUUGAUUUUGUUUUUCAACCAGAUGCCAUUUUUUUUUUUUUUUUUUUU